AUGUCGACCUCGGGACCCUCGACGGAGGCAGCGACCACGAUCCCGGUCCCUCCAUCGCUCACCAGCUCCACCAGCUCCUUACCACCUGCGACCUCCCAAGCCCUCAUUCAACAUCUCCGACAGACUGGCGCUAUCCCCGACCUCAGCGCCCUCCUAGCAGAUAGUCUUGCCCGUACGGGUUGGACAGACCGCGUCCGCGCACUCGCGCUCGAGUUACUCAGGAAUGGCUCAUGUGACACUUUUCCGGAGUUGAUGAACGAAGUCAUGCGACGGGCCAAGCUGCCCAAGGACGGCAAGAACCAAGGGGUGGACAAGGAAAGCAAAGACGCGAAGGCGAACGGGGCCAGCACGCCCACAAAGUCUACAACCACGGGCCCCGGGGCAGGAGGCGCAGUCGCGCUGAACGGCGGAGGGGUGAACAACAAUGCUAUUGCGCUCUCAAAAGAAUGGUCCGGCGGCCCAGAUGGGCUACCAGACGUCAGGAUCCCCGAAGUCACUGUUGAACAAGGGGUGGAAUUCCUGAAAGAAAAGAUCAAGGAUGUCGUCGAGCCGAUCGAUGACGACAGCGACUAG